UUUUCAAACUUUUUACUGCAAAAGUGAGGGCUAGAAAGCUACUGGCUAUAAAAUGGAAGCUGAGAUUCCCACGUAACCUUCGCCAUAGGAGCUGGGUUUUAAGAUUUUCAGGCACACACGUGACUCACAAGUUGGUAACGUCCUUGGAACCUGGAACAGCAUUUUACCUCCCAUCUCCUAUAGGCUUGCCUUGGUCUCAGGUGUUGGGUUUAGGGUGACACACAGGCCUGACUGGCUGGUCUGGUGGCCCUUCCAGGCCUUAGACAAUGACUGAAUGAAAAGGCCUCUCAUCUGCUGCCCAGCUGGCUCCAAGGAGAGACUCGCUGGCCAGCUCCUUACUGUGGGGCUGCCAAGGCGUUUGGAAAAGACUCCCUGGCCCAUGCCAGCCAGUGAGUUUCAAACCUUGUUCUAGCCGCCUUCAGCUUGGUGUGUACAGGUUUUGUUUAGCCCUCUAGAGAGUCAGCCCCCAGAGCAGGGUCCCAGCAGGUACUGCCUGUGCAAAGGCCUUCAGACCCCUUCCAGGCCUGCGUGGGGGAGGCCGGGGGAGUCAGUCACCUCCUGCUCUUUUGCUUUUUUGACCUUCUGACUGUUUGUUUUCUCCCUGGAGAGGGGCAGGCUAAGCAAACAGCGAGUUCCUGGGACAGGAGGCUGCAGCCCAGCUCCAGCAGCAGCCUCAGCCUGCCUGAGCAGUCCCAGGAACAACGCGCCAUGAGGCUGCUGGUCCCAGCUCUGAUGCUGGCUUUGCUCUGCGGGGCUUUUGCAGCUGAAGAGUCGUGUGUGGGCCAUUGUGAGGAUGGUUUCAAUGCCCAGAGGAAGUGCCAGUGUGACUCCCUCUGUGUGUACUACCAGAGCUGCUGCAGUGACUAUGCCAGCGCCUGCAAGACGAAAGUGACCCGUGGGGACAUGUUUGCAUUCCCCGAGGACGACUACAUGGACUACAGCACCAAUGCUACCUGGGGUGAAGACACAGAGGUCCUCGACACAGGGACUGAUGCCCCAACCACAUCUCCAGACCCAGGCACUGCUGCCACUGUCGAUUCAGUCACAGCGCCAGGCAGUGGUGCCCACCUGCUGGUCCCCAGUGGGCCAGAAGAGGUGGAGCAGGUGCAGCAGGAGGAGGAAGAGGGGCAGCAGGAGGAGGUGGAGGAGCUGUGCAGCGGGAAGCCCUUUGAUGCAUUCACGGACCUGAAGAACGGUUCUCUCUAUGCAUUCCGAGGGAAAUACGUCUAUGAACUGGAUGAGAAGAGUGUGAGGCCUGGCUACCCCAAGCUCAUCCGCGAUGUCUGGGGCAUCGAGGGACCCGUUGAUGCCGCCUUCACACGCAUUAACUGUCAGGGCAAGACCUACAUUUUCCAGGACAGUCAGUACUGGCGCUUUGAUGACGGUGUGCUGGACUCCGGCUACCCCCGCAAUAUCUCAGAUGGCUUCCAGGACAUCCCUGAUGACAUCGACGCAGCCUUCGCCCUCCCCGCACGCAGCUACCACGGCCAGGAGAGAGUCUAUUUCUUUAAAGACAAGCAUUACUGGGCAUACGACUUUGCCAACCAGCCCAGCCGGCAGGACUGCGAGGUGUCCUCUCCAUCGCUGGUGUUUGAUCACUACGCGCUCAUGCAGGGCGACAGCUGGGAGGACCUCUUCCAACUGCUCUUUGGGGGCACCCCGCGCAGUGGGGCAACUGGACCGCGGCCCAUCAGCAGGGAUUGGCGGGGAGUGCCGAGCCACCUGGAUGCUGCCAUGGCCGGCAGGAUCUACGUCUCCUCCAGGGCCAGCAGCUGGGCUCGAAGGAGGAAAUCCCGCCGGCACCGCAAGAGGUACAGGAGCCGGCGGCCGGCAGCUCACACCUUCUGGGACUGGCUACAGGAUGAGUCCGACUCCUCGGACACGGACCCUGACUGGCUGCCCGGGGGCUCCCAGUGCCAGCCCAUCCAGAGCGUCUACUUCUUCGUGGCAGACAAGUACUAUCGCCUCAACCUGCACAGCAAGCGGGUGGACUUCGCGCGCCCUCGCUACCCACGCCCCAUCGCUCAGUACUGGCUGGGCUGCCCCUGAGCGGGAGAGGGGAGCCCCCAAGGGGAUGGGCUGCCGCCAUCCCGCCAUAUCCACAGCAGCUGGGUCUUUUGCUAAAGCCAAAUAA